AUGCACAAGUUCCCGUCCAAUGUGGCGGGCAUGAUUGUCUUGUUUGUUCUACUUAUGCUAUCGCAUGCUAUCUUUCCUCAUGCUACGGAUCAAUGCGUAGCAAGAAUCGACCCUUAUUCCGCCUUUGCUCUGAGGAGCAUGAACAUCAUGUUUGUACCUGCAGUUGUACAAAUUGUUCUGAAUCCGCCUACGACUGGACCUGAGGUUGGAAGGAUGAUUUGUGUUUUCGUGGUGGGUUAUAUCGUCUCGUUCGUUCUAUGCACCGUCAUUGUUCGACUUUUCCGCUACGUUUUUCUCUCCUCACCUUUGUUUUCGUCCAAGGCCGUCGAUACAGAGAAAGAAAAGAGCCGGUCGCACGGAAAAAAGAACAUGAGCGAAGAGGAAAUUGAGAUUGGCGUGUCGUCCGAGCCAGGCUCGUUCAGUUACAUCCCCACCCAUAUAUCGAUACCCAUGUCUGUUCGACGAUUCUCAGACGACGGCGGAUCGACGACGAGUACACUGACGAACGUGUCGACGAAUGCAUCCACCUAUCAUCAUCCGUUGUAUACACCUUCGGCUAUCCGUGAGCAGUGCAGCUGCGGCGGCGGCUAUGGUCACGACGCAACAACGACGACAGCAGCGACUGCCCUUGGUACGGACAAAGAAAAAAAGCACGGACCGUUGCACAGUCUGGCGAUGUGGUUCAUGCAGCAGUCGACGUUUGACGAUCUUGCGUUGUUGAUUGGAUUCGCCUUGUGUGCCUUUGUUUUUCUACCCCUCCCCGAGAGCCACCCUGCCAUGCCUUUCUUCCGUCUUUUCCUCUACUUGACGAUGACGAUUCUCCUGUAUUCAGCAGCGUGUCGUAUGCCGGCGAGGAUCCGAAUGAUCGUCCACCCGAUCAUUUUCACAGCGACAUGUGUGAUGGCUGGCAUUGCUUACUUUGAACGCGUCAAAGGAUUCGACAUCAAGCAUGGUGUUCGUCUGUACAAAUCGGGCAUCACUUUUAUUGGGCUUGUGGAGAAGACCCAUGUCGGUUGGCCCGGGGGUGGCGAUGUGCUCGGUGCCGCCAUGGAUGUGUCCAUCAUUUCGUUGGCUUUCAAUGUUUACAAGAGUCGACCUGAAUCUUUACGAGAGUGGUUGGUUAUUUUCUGCUCCAUCAUACCUAUGGCAUUUUUUAUCAUGUUUGUUACACCGUUAUUCGCUCAUGGUAUAGGAUGUUUGCCUGAUGACAGUUUAGCGUGGAGUUCUAGAUCUGUGACGACGGCUAUUGGCAUGGUAGUGGGUAAAGUCUUGGGUGCCAAUGAGAGCGUAGUCGUCUGUAUUAUUGUGUUUACGGGUGUGUGUGGACCUAUUUUAGGCAGUUCUCUUUUCAAACUUGCUCGCGUCAAGGACGAUGACUAUAUGACCAUUGGCAUUACCAUGGGAAGCUCCUCUCAUGGCGUAGGUACUGCUUAUCUGAUUGGUAAAUUCCCCAAGGCAAGUGGCAUGGCCUCACUCGCCUUUGCGAUUUUUGGUACGAUUGGUGUCAUCGUUGCCUCUAUUCCUGUAUUAUCAGAGACUAUUCGACGAUUAUCUGGAUAUUAG